CCAGGAUUCAUAUGUGAUGUGCUUCUGAAAGAAGAACUGAGAAUCCAUUACAUACUUCCACUUUUGGGGAAACUCUUCUCCUAAUGUAUUUUGCAAACUAAUUGAAUUAUCAUAGAAAUUCAGCAUGGGAGGAGCUGUGAGUGCUGGAGAAGACAACGAUGACUUAAUUGAUAACUUGAAAGAAGCUCAGUACAUUCGCACUGAGAGUGUGGAGCAAGCCUUCAGAGCAAUUGAUCGUGGUGAUUAUUAUCUGGAAGGACACAGGGACAAUGCUUAUAAAGACUUGGCCUGGAAGCAUGGAAAUAUACACUUGUCAGCACCCUGCAUUUAUUCUGAAGUCAUGGAAGCGCUGAAGCUUCAGCCUGGAUUAUCAUUUUUAAAUCUGGGUAGUGGAACCGGAUACUUGAGUACAAUGGUGGGAUUAAUACUAGGACCUUUUGGGAUAAAUCAUGGAAUAGAGCUUCAUUCAGAUGUGGUAGAAUAUGCCAAGGAAAAGUUGGAGAGCUUCAUAAAAUACAGUGAUAGUUUUGAUAAAUUUGAGUUCUGUGAACCUGCCUUUGUGGUUGGUAAUUGUUUGGAAAUAGCCUCAGACAGUCAUCAGUAUGACCGGAUUUACUGUGGAGCUGGAGUCCAGAAAGACCAUGAAAACUACAUGAAAAUUUUAUUGAAAGUUGGAGGCAUUUUAGUAAUGCCUAUAGAAGAUCAGCUAACACAAAUCUUAAGAACGGGACAGAACACAUGGGAAAGUAAAAAUAUCCUUGCUGUUUCAUUUGCUCCACUAGUGCAACCAAACAGAAAUGACAACGGCAAACAUGACACUGUGGGACUGC